AUUUAUUACCCUGAAAACAUGUUCAAGUCAUGGAGCAAGAAGAACAAGAUCAGAGCCGUAUUCAAAUUGGAAUUUCAGGCAACUCAGGUUCCAAAGAUGAAAAAGUCUGCACUGAUGGUAUCUUUGGUGCCUGAUGAUGUUGGGAAGCCAACCGUGAAACUAGAGAAAACCGCUGUCCAGGAUGGGACCUGCUUAUGGGAAAAUCCAGUUUUUGAAUCAGUGAAACUCAUUAGGGAUGCAAAGUCAGGAAAAAUUCAUGAGAAAAUCUACCAUUUCAUUGUUUCAACUGGAUCUUCAAAAUCUGGCUUUCUUGGAGAAGCCUCAAUUGAUUUUGCUGAUUUUGUUGCAGAAACCGAGCCAAUGACUGUUUCUCUACCCCUAAAGUUUGCCAAUUCAGGCGUAGUUUUACAUGUGACUAUUCAAAACGUGGAAGGAUAUACAGCUGAAAGAAAUGGGGAAGAUAAUGUAUCUGUGGGACCUUACAAUGAUGGAAGUUUGAAACACCAACUGAGCUAUAGCAGCACGGAUCAUGAAAGUUAUAAUGUUGAUGAAGAUGGGCAGAUGGACAAGACCAGAUCUGAGUAUUCUGAACAAAAUGCAUCUAAUGGCAUCAGUCCUGGGGUAGCUUCAUGGGAGGAUCCUUAUAGCUUCAGAGAGAAUUCAAUGACAUCAAAAGGAACUGUUGAGGCCAUUGCAACAAAAUCCAAAGUGCAUAAGAGGUCAAACACAGACUGGUCAAUGGGUUCAGCAUCAGAUGGAAGUUUAGGUGACUGGACAAACAGCCUGGAAGAUAAUCUUCCAAGAGAAAGAUUACGAGAGCCUUCAGAUAAUGUUACUGAAAAGCUCAAAAGUGAAAUUACUUCUCUAAAGAGGCAGGCAGAACUAUCAGAAUUAGAGUUACAAUCACUUCGGAAGCUGAUAGAAAAAGAAAGCACUCGGGGACAGAAUUUGUCUAGACAGAUAAUCAGCCUCAGAGAUGAGAGAGAUUGGCUCAAAACCAAAUAUGAGCAACUUAAGUCCCAACAAAACUUCAAUAAUGAGACCAAAACCUCUAAUACCUUGAAGUCUGAGAAUGAAGAUACUAAGCUUCAGUUAGAGGCAAUAAAGGAAGAGCUUGUUUAUGAAAAAGAGCUGUGUGCCAAUCUUCAGUUGCAACUACAGAAGACACAAAACUCAAACUCUGAACUACUUUUGGCUGUGACAGACCUUGAAGCAAUGUUAGAGGAAAAGAAUAAGGAAAUAUUGGAUCUAUCUACCAAUAUAAAAUCCCAAAAGCUUACUAAAGAGCAUGGUAAUGCCAAAGAAUUAGAUCUCUUGCAGCACAAAAUUGCAGACCAGAAUGUUGAAAUAGACAAUUACUACAGGCAACAUGAAGAGCUAAGCGAGCAUAUAAAAGAGCUCACUUUGGAGUAUGAUCUUCUUAAGAAGGAAAACGUGGAUAUCUCUUUGAGAUUAAAGCAAGAUGAAGCACAACACAUCAUGUUACAAAAUGAACAUUCAGCUUCUUUAGUUGCAGUACAACAACUUGAAUCACAAGUGGAGAGAUUAGAAGAAAAGCUAAAGAUGCAGGAAGAUGAAUUUUCGGCAUCUUUGGUCUGCAUCACAGAACUGGAAAAUCAAGUCAAUUCUUUGGAGAAAGAACUGAAAAUACAGGCAGAGAAAUUCGAAGAUGAUCUUCAUGGUAUGCAAUAUGCAAAAACUGAACAGGAAGAACGGGCCAUCCAAGCAGAAGAGGCCUUGAGAAAGACGAGACACAAUAAUGCACUCGCAUCUGAGCGUUUUCAGGAGGAAUAUAGUUUGCUUUCUAUUGAAAUGGCAUCCAAAGUUGAGGAGAAUGAAAAGGUGACUAUGAAAGCAGUCGCAGAAGCUGAUGAACUCAGGCACCAGAACAAACUAAUAGAAGAAAUGCUCCAUAAAUGCAAUCAAGAGCUCAGGCUUAUUACAGGUCAGAAUGAAUUGAAAGUUCAAGAGCUCUUGAACCAAAUAGAUUCAAAAGCAAAAACAAUAGAACAGAUGUCACAAGAACUGGAAGUUAAGUCUAAACAACUUGAGGAUGCACAAAGGCACAGGGAUGAAAAGGACGCUGCAUUUUCAAAGCAAAUUCAAAUGCUUAGAUCUAGAAUUAAAAAGUUGAUGGCAGAGGAGUGUGCAUUAUCUAAACCCAAGCUAACAAAGAACAUGACCGAGAUAGUAAGGACAGAUGGAGAAACAACCCUGGAUGGACAACCGAUUAUGACUCCAAAUGAUGAGGAGAUGAUACUUGGCACCCUAUUGUCAGAAGUAGAAACCUUUAAGAUCCAGCACAAUGAAAUAAAACACAGUUUGCAAAAGGAACAAGUGGAGAAAGAAGAUAUGAGGAAACAGAUAUAUCAAUUAGAAGGAGAGCUGAGGAAGAAGGAAGCAGAAUUAUGUGCUAUGGAAAAGAAGCUCAAGAAUAACAAAGGACGAGCUGCAGCUACACAUACGAAUUUGACUUCAAGAGGCAAUGAGUUUGCUGCGCCUCCUUCUGCUAAAGCACAUACUAAGAAGUCAAAAUCAGAAAUGCAUAAGGGAACGGAUGAAGGAGGAACAAUAGGGAAGUCAGCUCAGAUCAAAGUUUGUCUAGCUCCGGGAAGUGAGGUUAAAACUUGCUUGGCAAAUGAGGUGAUUGUCUCCAAUAAUAACCAUGAUGAAGAGUCCCAUACAGAUGAAUUGUUGAAUGAAGUGGCAGUGCUGAAGGAAAGGAACAAGAAUAUGGAAAGCGAGCUAAAAGACAUGGAAGAAAGAUAUUCAGAGAUUAGUCUAAAAUUUGCAGAGGUAGAGGGAGAAAGAGAGCAGCUUGUUAUGGCUCUACGCAAUCUCAAGAAUGGCAAGAAGAACUAGAAUUCUCUGCAGGUUCAAUGUCAAGAACAAAACAUACAUUGGUUAUGAAGGAGGCUGGAUAUCAUGAUCUCCAAAAUGGUGGAACUAAGUUUAGCCAGUACUUUGCACUUCUGUUGUGACCUAUAUCCUGUACAUCAACUCACAGUUUUACCUCAUCUAAAAUCUGGUGGGCCACUUGGUCCAAUAUUUGUUGUCUUACGAUACAAUGGCAAGAUAGCCAGGGGUACGAUGCUAGCCUCAUACAGGCAUUGUAGCCAAU